UUCUUUCUUUUUCCUAAAGUUAAUUCAGUAUUUUAGGAUUUAGGAAGAAUUCUCUGAGCGGCGCCAGUGAGCUCUUUGCAGCUGCCCCACCCCAGAGGCGAACGCGUCUCAGCUCCGGGUUCCUGCGCAUGCUGCUUCCCCAGGCUUCGAGUCACAAACACUGGGGAACCCGGGCUGCAGGGUCGGAGAGCCAGGUGCUGAGCCCCCCUCUGCAGGUGUAGGGGUCUGUCCCAGCCGGCAGUCCAGACAUGGGCAGAGCCCUGCCACCACAGCAUGACGCCGGGGAAAGGGAGCUCCCACCUCAGGGCCCCCGCUGGAGAGCAGGGGGCCCUUCCACGCUGAGUGUACUGAUCCUCGCCCUGCUCUGGAGGGGGUCCCUGGCCCAACAGCCCGGAUUUACCCUGACGGUGCCGCAGUCGGUGUCGGUGCAGGAGGGUCUCUGCGUUCUCGUCCCCUGCACCUUCACGUACCCAGCCUCGUACGACACCGACAAUCCCUCGGCCCAGCUCUACGGAAACUGGUACAAGGAGCCUGCUACUGUGGGCCAGGAUCCUCCCGUGGCCAGCAGUGCCUUCAGCCUGAGGGUGUCGCAGGAGACCCAGGGCCGGUUCCAGCUGACGGGGAAUCCAGCGCAUGGUGACUGCUCCCUGCAAAUCAGUGAUGCCCGACGGACGGAUGCGGGGAGAUAUUUCUUUAGCAUCGAGAAAGGCCUGUUAGAACACACUUACCGCUCCAAUUCCGAUGGCACUGACCCUGCGCUCACGAUCUCUGUGCCAGGGCUGACGGAGGAGCCAGAGAUCCAGAUCUCGCCGGCGCUGGGGCUGCCAGGGACGCUGCUGGCCGGGGAGCCGGUGACUGUGACCUGCACGGCCCCUGCUCGCUGCUCCGGGCCCCCUCCCCGAGUCACCUGGACGGGGCCGUUCAGCGACACAGCCCGGAACGUCUCAGCCCAGCUGGCGAACGGCAACUGGGCCCACAGCUCCGCGCUGAGCUUCACGCCCGGCCCGGGAGACCACGGCAAAGAGCUCGUCUGCAGCGUCACCUACAGGCCACCACGGGGCCCUUCCACCAGCAGAACCGUCCAGCUCAACAUCACCAGGUCCCUGUCCCAGCCACCUGGAUUUACCCUGACGGUGCCUCAGCAGGUGUCGGUGCAGGAGGGUCUCUGCGUUGUCGUCCCAUGCACAUUCACGUACCCAGCCUCGUACGACACCGACAAUCCCUCGGCCCAGCUCUAUGGAAACUGGUACAAGGAGCCUGCUACUGUGGGCCAGGAUCCUCCCGUGGCCAGCAGUGUCUCCAGUCUGAGGGUGUCGCAGGAGACCCAGGGCCGGUUCCAGCUGACGGGGAAUCCAGCGCAUGGUGACUGCUCCCUGCAAAUCAGUGAUGCCCGACGGACGGAUGCGGGGAGAUAUUUCUUUAGCAUCGAGAAAGGCCUGUUAGAACACACUUACCACUCCAAUUCCGAUGGCACUGACCCUGCGCUCACGAUCUCUGUGCCAGAGCUGACGGAGGAGCCAGAGAUCCAGAUCUCACCGGCGCGGGGGCUGCCAGGGACGCUGCUGGCCGGGAAGCCGGUGACUGUGACCUGCACGGCCCCUGGGCGCUGCUCCGGGCCCCCUCCCCGAGUCACCUGGACGGGGCCGUUCAGCGACACAGCCCGGGAUGUCUCAGCCCAGCUGGCAAACGGCACCUGGGCCCGCAGCUCCGCGCUCAACUUCACGCCCGGCCUGGGGGACCACAGCAAAGAGCUUGUCUGCAGCGCCACCUACAGGCCACCACGGGGACCUUCCACCCGCAGAACCGUCCGGCUCCACGUCAGCUGGUCCCUGUCCCAGCCACCUGAAUUUACCCUGACGGUGCCUCAGCAGGUGUCGGUGCAGGAGGGUCUCUGCGUUGUCGUCCCCUGCACAUUCACGUACCCAGCCUCGUACGACACCAACAAUCCCUCGGCCCAGCUCUAUGGAAACUGGUACAAGGAGCCUGCUACUGUGGGCCAGGAUCCUCCCGUGGCCAGCAGUGUCUCCAGCCUGAGGGUGUCGCAGGAGAUCGAGGGCCGGUUCCGGCUGGCGGGGGAUCCAGCGCACGGCGACUGCUCCCUGCAAAUCAGUGAUGCCCGACGGACGGAUGCAGGGAAAUAUUUCUUUAGCAUCGAGAAAGGCCUGUUAGAACACACUUACCACUCCAAUUCUUUUGGCACUGAUCCUGCGCUCGUGAUCUCCGUGCCAGGGCUGACGGAGGAGCCAGAGAUCCAGAUCUCACCGGUGCGGGGGCUGCCAGGGACGCUGCUGGCUGGGAAGCCAGUGGCUGUGACCUGCACGGCCCCUGGGCGCUGCUCCGGGCCCCCUCCCCAAGUCACCUGGACGGGGCCGUUCAGCGACACAGCCUGCAACGUUUCAGCCCAGCUGGCAAACGGCACCUGGGCCCACAGCUCCGCGCUCAGCUUCACGCCCGGCCCGGGGGACCACGGCAAAGAGCUCGUCUGCAACGUCACCUACAGGCCACCGCAGGGACCUUCCACCCACAGAACAGUCCGGCUCCACGUCGGCUGGUCCCUGUCCCAGCUGCCCGGAUUUACCCUGACGGUGCCGCAGUCGGUGUCGGUGCAGGAGGGUCUCUGCGUUCUCAUCCCCUGCACCUUCACGUACCCAGCCCGGUACGACACCGACAAUCCCUCGGCCCAGCUCUACGGAUUGUGGUACAAGGAGCCUGCUACUGUGGGCCAGGAUCCUCCCGUGGCCAACAGUGCCUCCAACCUGAGUGUGUCGCAGGAGACCCAGGGCCGGUUCCGGCUGACGGGGGAUCCAGCGCGCGGCGACUGCUCCCUGCAAAUCAGCGAUGCCCGACGGAUGGAUGCCGGGAGAUAUUUCCUUUACAUCGACAAAGGCCUGUUUGAACACACUUACCGCGCCAAUUCCGAUGGCCCUGACCCUCCGCUCACGAUCUCUGUGACAGGGCUGACGGAGGAGCCAGAGAUCCAGAUCUCGCCGGCGCGGGGGCUGCCAGGGACGCUGCUGGCCGGGGAGCCGGUGACUGUGACCUGCACAGCCCCUGGGCACUGCUCCGGGCCCCCUCCCCGAGUCACCUGGAUGGGGCCGUUCAGCGACACAGCCCGGGAUGUCUCAGCCCAGCUGGCGAAUGGCACCUGGGCCCGCAGCUCCGCGCUCAGCUUCACACCCGGCCCGGGGGACCACGGCAAAGAGCUCGUCUGCAACGUCACCUACAGGCCACCACGGGGACCUUCCACCCACAGAACCGUCCGGCUCCACGUCGGCUGGUCCCUGUCCCAGCUGCCCGGAUUCACCCUGACGGUGCCGCAGUCGGUGUCGGUGCAGGAGGGUCUCUGCGUUCUCAUCCCCUGCACCUUCACGUACCCAGCCUCGUACGACACCGACAAUCCCUCGGCCCAGCUCAACGGAGUCUGGUACAAGGAGCCUGCUACUGUGGGCCAGGAUCUUCCCGUGGCCAGCAGUGUCUCCAGCCUGAGGGUUUUGCAGGAGACCCAGGGCCGGUUCCGGCUGACAGGGGAUCCAGCGCGCGGCGACUGCUCCCUGCAAAUCAGUGAUGCCCGACGGACGGACGCCGGGAGAUAUUUCUUUAGCUUCGAGAAAGGCCUGUUAGAUCACACUUACCGCUCCAAUUCCGAUGGCUCUGACCCUCUGCUCACAAUCUCCGUGCCAGGGCUGACGGAGGAGCCAGAGAUCCAGAUUUCACCGGUGCGGGUGCUGCCAGGGACGCUGGUGGCCGGGGAGCCGGUGACUGUGACCUGCACGGCCCCUGGGCGCUGCUCCUGGCCCCCUCCCCGAGUCACCUGGACGGGGCCGUUCAGCGACACAGCUCAGAACGUCUCAGCACAGCUGGCGAACGGCACCUGGGCCCACAGCUCCGCGCUCAGCUUCACGCCCGGCCUAGGGGACCACGGCAAAGAGCUCGUCUGCAGCGUCACCUACAGGCCACCACGGGGACCUUCCACCCGCAGAACCGUCCGGCUCAACAUCACCAUGCCAGAUGCGUGGGGAGCUGAGGGCAAUGUUGUGUCUCUGGAGACCCAGGAGGGCGACUCCCUGAGCCUGAGCUGUGAGGCUGGGAGCAGAGCCGAGACCACCCUCAGCUGGGCCAAGGGGAAGGAGUCCCUGAGCUCUGGCCAGUGUGGGGCCAGGCGCCUGGAGCUGCUGAAUCUCAGUAGAGGGGAUAUUGGGGAGUAUCGGUGCUGGGCAAAGAAUUCCUACGGGUCGGCCAGCCGGGCCCUGUGUAUGCACGUGCAGAGUAACUCUCUAGGAGGCGCCGUGCUGCAGUGUGGCAGGGGAUCCCAGUACCCUGGUGGCCAACGGCUCAUAGCCCGGGAGGGCGACUCCCUGCGGUUCCAGCUGCUCAUCAAGUACCCGACUGAGCCCCCCAACACCACUGGGACCCUGACCAGGAACGGACGCCCCGAUGGCCUCAUUCGGGCAUUUAUCGAAAUCAGCUGCAAACUCGUCUUCUCAGCGACUGGAUUCUUCCUGGCCCAUUACCUCACCCUGCUCUAUUACAGACGGUAA